AUGUUUCUCGCUAUCUUGUACUUCGCUUUGCCCUUAGUGGAUGUACUUUUGUCCGCAGAAGUGAGUGGGCUGCCUGGAGGGGACCGCCUUGACUGUGUGAAAGCCAGCGAUCAGUGUCUCAAGGAGCAGAGCUGUAGUACUAAGUACAGGACACUGAGGCAGUGUGUAGCCGGCAAAGAGAGCAACUUCAGCCGGGCGACAGGCCUGGAGGCGAAGGACGAAUGCAAAAGCGCCAUGGAAGCUCUCAAGCAGAAAUCUCUGUACAACUGCCGCUGUAAGAGGGGCAUGAAGAAGGAGAAAAACUGCCUGCGCAUUUACUGGAGCAUGUACCAGAGCUUACAGGGAAAUGACUUGCUUGAAGAUUCCCCUUAUGAGCCAGUUAACAGCAGACUAUCAGACAUAUUCAGGCUAGCACCAAUUGUAUCAGUGGAGCCAGUACUUUCAAAGGGGAACAAUUGCUUGGAUGCAGCAAAAGCUUGUAACCUAAAUGAUACCUGCAAGAGGUUCAGAUCUGCUUACAUAACCCCCUGCACCAGCAGCACGUCUAAUGAAAUCUGUAACAAGCGGAAGUGUCAUAAGGCCCUCCGGCUAUUUUUUGACAAAGUUCCCCCAAAGCACAGCUACGGGAUGCUCUUCUGCUCCUGUCGAGACGUAGCCUGUACAGAAAGGAGGCGGCAGACUAUUGUUCCUGUGUGUUCAUAUGAGGACAGGGAGAAACCAAACUGCCUGAAUUUACAAGAAUCCUGCAAGAAGAAUUACAUCUGCAGAUCUCGCCUUGCAGAUUUCUUCACAAACUGCCAGCCUGAGUCACGGUCUGUUAGUAGCUGUCUGAAGGAGAACUAUGCUGACUGCCUCCUCGCUUACUCGGGGCUUAUUGGCACAGUGAUGACACCAAACUACAUAGACUCAAAUAGUCUCAGCGUUGCCCCGUGGUGUGACUGCAGCAACAGCGGUAACGACAUAGAUGAAUGCAUGAAAUUUCUGAAUUUCUUCCAGGACAAUACAUGCCUUAAAAAUGCAAUUCAGGCCUUCGGCAAUGGUACUGAUGUGAAUGUGUGGCAGCCAAUUUUACCAGUACAGACCACUACAGCCACAACUACAACAGCUUCCAGACUUAAAAACACAGGUUCAGAGACCACCAACAAUGAAAUACCCACCCACAACGAUUCACCAGCAUGUGCAAACCUGCAGGCACAGAAGAAGCGGAAAUCCAAUGAAUCUGUAGAUACAGAGCUCUGUCUUAAUGAGAAUGCUAUUGGGAAAGACAACACAGCAGGAGUCUCCACCAGUCACAUAUCUUCGGAGAAUUCGCUCGCUCUUCCUAGAAGCUUCUAUCUAAGCACACCGCUCACUCUGAUGACACUUGCACUCUCACUCUGUCUGUUCCUAAGCUCAUCAGUCGUCUUGUAGCUGCGUUACAAAAGGACGUGUAAAAAAAAAAAAAUUCUGUUUCCUGUCCUCUGUUGUUUAUCUGGAAUUCCAGGUCUGGGAGCUAAGCUGAGGCACUCCUGCUAGAACAGUUUCAGUCAGCUGGAAUUUUUUUUUUUUCUCUCUAAAAAAGCUUCUUGUGAUAUUUAGAGGCUUUGUGAAAUACUUGGUGCAGUGCUACAUUCCAAACCCAAAAGGCUUUUGGGCAUGCAGUGUUUUAAAGAGACAGAGUGUAAAUUUGCCUGUAAAGCGACCUGGUUGGAUUAUUUUAAUAAUGAUUAUUUUGAUUCUGGCUUUUACCUGAGAAGGAGGAUGGCAGUUUUCUUAAGAUCCUAUUUAUCUCAUUGAAUGGUUUUGGUUUUCAAAUUGAUUGAACUUCAGACUAUCGAGGAUGCCAGGCUUUUGUCUAACGGUGAAUGUUCUCCCAGAGAGUGGACUUCAUGAAACUUCUUCAUUUGAUAAAUUGUUACUGAUGUUAAACUCUUUCAGUGUAUUAGCAUUUUCCUCCUUAAAUGUUUAUGUACUGUAAGUGGUUCUGCAUUCCCUGCUGAGAAGCCAUUAUAAUUCACAUACAGGUGUAAUGUACGUAUUUCAGUUAAAUUCUCAUAGAGUGUGGCAUAGAACUUUCUAACAGUACAUUUAUCUUUUAAUUAUAAUAAUCUAGCCUUAACAAGGGUGAAGAUUCUUUAAAUUAACAAGCAGCAGCCGCCAUUGUGAAAGCUUGAGAAAGACAUGUUUCUUUAAAUUUGAGGGUAAGCA